AUGAGGACAGCUGGGUCAGAAAUGGAACUCCCCCAGCUGUCAUCCACGGCUGCAGUCACCUUCAACUACGACUACUACUACGAUGACCAGUGCCAGCACCAGCACCUGCAACAUAUGUCUGUUUUCCUCCCUAUCCUUUAUAGUGCCGUGUUCCUGGUGGGCAUUGUUGGCAACUCAAUCCUGAUAGCGGCCUUGGUCUUCAAGCGACGGGUCCAGAGGCUGAUUGACAUCUUUAUCGUCAACCUCGCUGCAUCUGACUUCAUCUUCCUCAUCACUCUUCCUUUCUGGGUGGACAUGGAGGUGUCGGAUGAGAGCUGGAGGGUAGGAUCUUUCCUCUGCAAAGCCAGUUCCUAUGUCAUCUCAGUCAACAUGUACUGCAGCAUCCUGCUCCUCACCUGUAUGAGUGCUGACCGCUACCUCGCUAUCAUGCACCCCUCUAUCGCACGGCGGAUCAGGACAAGAGCCUAUUCCAGAGCACUCUGCAUCUGUGUCUGGUUAUUAUCCUGCUGCUUAGGGAUGCCAACCCUUUUGUCCAGAGAACUGAGGAAGCAAUACGGAAAGACUUACUGCACAGACAAAGCCGUGACAGAAGUCAAACUGAUCAUGUCACUGAUGCUUUUAAUCCUGGCCUUCUUCUUCCCACUAUUGAGUAUCUUAACUUUUUACUGCUCCAUCGCCAAGAGACUCUGUGUGCACUAUCAGAAGGCUGGGAAACGUGAUAAGAAACUGAGAAAAUCCAUCAAGAUCGUCUUCAUUGUAGUGGCAGCUUUUGUUGUCUCCUGGGUUCCUUACAAUCUUUUCAAGCUUAUGGCCAUCCUUUUGCGACUCCUAAAGCAGCCUGACUGUUUUACUGGCACCGUUGCCCAGCUGGGCAUAAAGGUGAGCAGCCCUUUUGCUUUUGCCAAUAGCUGUGCCAAUCCUUUCAUUUACUUUUGCUUUGACAACUAUAUCCGCAGAGCCAUGCUCCAGUGCCUGUGCCCAUGGGUGAAAAUCAGCAGCAACAGCUCUGAAACCCUGGACACCAACUUGAGCCAUUCCUUAUCCAAUUUCGUGGCAGGGGAGUUUGCCACCAGGAAGAGGAAGCGCUCUGUGUCCCUCUAACUUUGAGCUGGGACUGCGGAGGAAGGAACUUUUUCCCCAAAGAUGUCAGGAAAAGAAAAAGAGAAACGAGCAACAAAGACAGGUGCUUCAGGUGGGAGGGGUGUUGCUUCCUUUUAAAUGCAGAUAGAUGGAAUAGGAAACCUUAACCACAGAAUUACUUCACAACGAUUGCUGUGACCAUGCACAGUGUAAAUGUGAAACCGUCAUACCAAGAAAUAGCUACAAAUGCUCGUGCUGGAACCCCAGUACAAAUGCUACAAACUAGAGAAAAGAACCAUCUGAUUCAGUCAAGGCCGCUCCGAGACAAGCUUUGAACUAAUGUGUAUAUAGGUUUUUAUUCUGUGCAAGAAAAGCAACCCGAGUGUUUCUUUUUGGUUCCUAGCUUGCCCACAAAUUAUUCACAAUGCCCCCAAACCAGCCUGUUCAAUUCUGGGGUUUUGGAGGUUUUUUGAACUUAGAAAUCAAAUAUUUUAAUGAAUUUGUGUGUUACCAGUUCUCAUAACUCGAGUCUUGUGCAUUUUAAGUCUCAGCUUUUUAUUACAGCAUUAAAUUCUCUAAUUUUAAUCAUAAUAAUUAAAGUGAUUAGCUGCUCAGAUUUCAG